CUUCUUCCACCCCUCGCCCAUUAUCAUCUUCAGUGGCAGAGCCUAACCUCCCCAUCCAUCAUUCAUUUCAGCCAUCUCAGACAAUCGAGGAGAGAGAGAGAGAUGGGAGGGAAAGGAGCAGAGGGUGGGGGAACUUACUGGGGGCUAGGAGCACGCACGUGCGACGGCUGCAAGGGGCCGCCGGCUCCCGCGGUACUCUUCUGCAGGGCGGAUGCGGCUUUCCUCUGCCGCACGUGUGAUGCGCGUGUGCACGGCGCGAACAAACUGGCCUCCCGGCACGAGCGCGUCUGGCUCUGCGAGGUGUGCGAGCAAGCGCCGGCAGCGGUCACCUGCAAGGCCGACGCAGCGGCCCUCUGCUCCGCCUGCGACGCCGACAUCCACUCCGCAAAUCCACUUGCAAGCCGCCACCACCGCGUCCCCGUCGUCCCGUUAUUCGAAUCCCCCGUUCACGAUCCAGCUCUGUUAUUCGAUACCGAUGAUGGGGAAGAAGACGUCCCCGUGGCCGCAACUUGGAUACUUCCCGCUCCGGCGAAGGAUCCGAUGAUGAUGAAAUCGAACGACUGCUUCUCCGAUGUAGAUCCGUAUCUGGAUCUGGAAUACGCUUCUUCGGUGGAAGCCGGGAUUUACCACUCGGACAGCGUCGUGCCAGCUGGCGGUGGAGCUUCUCCAGGCUUCAUCAUGCUUGAUUUCGCUAAAUCCAAGCCGACGCAUAGCUACACCAUCAGCCACAGCAUGUCUUCAUCGGAGGUCGCGGUGGUACCAGACGGCGGUGGCAGCGCGAUGGCGGACACGUCAACUUGUGCUGGCGGCGGAGUCGGCGGGGGGGAGAGACCAGCGAUAAUGGAUCGGGAGGCGAGAGUGAUGAGAUACAGGGAGAAGAGGAAGAACAGGCGGUUUGAGAAGACGAUACGCUACGCGUCAAGGAAGGCGUACGCGGAGGCGAGACCGAGGAUUAAGGGUAGGUUUGCGAAGAGGACGGAGGUGGAGUCAGAGAUCGAUCAGAUCUACUCGUCGGCGGCGGCCGCCACCGCUGCUUUCAUGGAAGCUGUUCAAGGCUACGGCGUAGUUCCAUCUUUCUAAGACUUCAUCAUGCGAUCUCCAUUCCUCUGUUCUCGCCAUGGAUGGUGGUAAGAUGCAAGAAAGUGGGAUUUGGGACUGAGUGGACGCAGAGUAGGAGCCGAGGAAGGACUCCAUUUGUGUUAACCUUUUUAACUAUUGUAUAUUACGUUUUGGAACUUCGUACUUUUCCAAUUCUGAUUAUUGCCAUUGCUACGCCGUCCAUGAACUGGCCGUGCUUUCGUCUGUUUUCUUU